UGCGCCAGGCCCGCCGCAGCCCCCGGAGCCACGGCCGGGCGGGCGGCACGGCCAUGGAGCGCACCCCCAUCCCCGUGCUCACCGUGCAGACCGCGCCCUACGAGGACCAGCGCCCCACGGGCGGAGGGGGCCUGCGGCGGCCCACGGCGCUCUUCGAGAGCCAGCGCAACUACCUGCCCAACUUCGUGCAGAGCCUCCUCUCCUCCGUCGACCUCCGCGACCGGCAGGGCUGCACCAUGGUGGUGGGCAGCGACGGCAGGUACUUCAGCAAGACGGCCAUCGAGAUCGUGGUUCAGAUGGCCGCGGCCAACGGGAUUGGCAGGUUGGUUAUUGGACAGAAUGGGAUCUUAUCCACACCUGCUGUUUCGUGUAUCAUCCGAAAGAUCAAAGCUGCUGGUGGAAUAAUUCUAACAGCUAGCCACAGUCCUGGGGGACCUGGAGGAGAAUUUGGAGUCAAGUUUGAAGUUGCCAAUGGAGGACCUGCUCCAGACAUAGUUUCAGAAAAAAUCUAUCAAAUCAGCAAAACCUUGGAGGAAUAUGCAAUUUGUCCUGAUCUCAGAGUUGAUUUAUCACGCCUAGGAAGACAAGAAUUUGAUCUGGAGAACAAAUUCAAACCUUUCCGAGUGGAAAUUGUGGAUUCUGUGGAAAUCUACCUCAAUCUCCUUCGAAGUAUUUUUGACUUCAGUGCCAUCAGAAACUUGCUGACUGGACCCAAUCAGAUUAAAAUAAGGAUUGAUGCCAUGAAUGGAGUUAUGGGACCCUAUGUGAGAAGAAUCUUGUGUGAUGAAUUGGGAGCUCCUGCAAAUUCUGCCAUCAACUGUAUUCCUCUGGAGGAUUUUGGUGGACAGCCUCCUGAUCCAAAUUUAACAUAUGCAACUGCCUUGCUGGAGGCUAUGAAAGGUGGGGAGUAUGGAUUUGGAGCUGCUUUUGAUGCUGAUGGGGACCGCUACAUGAUCCUUGGCCAAAAUGGUUUCUUUGUUAAUGCAUCAGAUUCACUGGCUAUAAUUGCUGCCAAUCUGUCUUGCAUUCCAUACUUUUGUCAGAUGGGUGUCCGAGGAUUUGGCAGAAGCAUGCCUACCAGUACUGCUCUGGACAAAGUGGCAAAAGUAAUGAAGGUUCCUGUGUAUGAGACACCAGCAGGAUGGAGAUAUUUUUCCAAUCUCAUGGACUCUGGACGUUGUUCCCUUUGUGGUGAAGAGAGUUUUGGCACUGGGUCUGACCACCUCCGAGAGAAAGAUGGACUGUGGGCUGUGCUAGUUUGGCUUUCAAUCCUAGCAGCUCGAAAGCAGAGUGUGGAGGAGAUUGUCAGGGAUCACUGGGCGAAAUUUGGCCGACACUACUACUGCAGGUUUGAUUAUGAAGCACUGGAACCCAGGACAGCGUAUUUCAUAAUGAGAGACCUGGAAGCUUUGAUCACUGACAAAUCAUUCAGCCAUCAGCAGUUUGCUGUGGGUAACAAUAUCUACAGUGUGGAAAGAACAGACAGCUUUGAGUACAUAGAUCCUGUGGAUGGCACUGUGACCAAAAGACAGGGGCUGCGGAUUAUUUUUUCAGAUGCUUCCAGACUCAUCUUCAGAAUGAGUGCUUCUAGUCAUGUGCGAGCUACUCUGCGGAUCUAUGCUGAGAGUUAUGAAAAGGAUCCUAGCCAGCACAAUAAGGAACCACAGGCUGUGCUGAGUCCUCUUAUCGCAAUUGCACUGAAAAUAUCUCAGAUUCAUGAGAGGACAGGACGAAAGGGACCCACUGUCAUCACUUGAAGCCACAGAAGAUUGUUAAACCAGGGCCAAAAGAAGAACAGCAAGGAGAAGACAGAACCUUGUUAAAACUUGUUAGCCAUUUGUGCCUUGUAUGAUUUUAAAAGUUAGGUGGGAAGAAAAAUUCAAUGUAACAUUAAGCAUAAUCAUUUGCAUUGAUCUCCAAAUGCAAUAGUGUAUUGACUUGUUUUACCUGCAGUAUCAUAAUUUCUGAUAACAGUAUAACCAAAGAAAAGAGGCCUUAGCGUUCAAAUGUUGUCAGUAAUGUAGCCCAAAAAGACAACUGCUUGUUUUUGAAUGCUAUCAUGAAAGUUGGAGAAAUUUCGAUUAGGGGGAGAGAGGGAGGAGUUGCAAAGCAAAGACAUGCUUAGUGAGUAUUGUUUGGGAUUCUUGUCACCUUCUGGCAGGUUUGGUAGGUUUCUGAAGAGGUGUUCAGGGCAUGUCUGAGUCUUUGGGCCAUGUGCUAAGCUCUGCAUGGGGUGUGUUUCCUCCCCUGGUUCCGUGCCUCCUCUGAGGCCUCUCCUGUUGCUCACAGAUGCACGCUGACAGCAGUGUUGUAUACACACUUACACUUGCUUCCAAAGAUGGGGUUAUUCCAUACUUUUUUGCCCCUGCUUUUGAAACAUAUCAAUGUGACUUGUGCCUUUAGAUUUUCCUUAUUUUUUGACUCUUUGAUUGUUUUCCUCCAAAAGGAGACCUUUGUGCUAUAGAGCUGAUUUUGUCCUUCCAGUAAUAUGUCGGGCAUGGAAUCUGACUGUCUUCCAUAAUAUUCCUCAUGUCAGGAGAUGAUACUGGUGCUUACUGUGUUUGAAAGAUAAUCUCUGUAAGUUCAGCAAUUCUUUAAGAAAGAGUUGCAAAAGGUUUUUUUAAGUCUUCGGAAUACUUAUGCUCCACUUACCGUGAAGUAAAUUAGUGAGAAGGAUUUAAACAAACCCUAAUCAAUUGAAUAGAAAUACUAGUCUGAUUCACCCUCUGGACAUGGUUUCUAUUAGAUUAUUGGUAACAGUGGAUCAUGCAGUAAAAAUCUGGGAAGUGCAAGAGACGUUCCCGGCAUAGAUCUGAGAAGGCUGUUGGGGAUAUGGACAUCAGCAUUUUUCUGCUUGUGAAAUCAUUAUAGCAGUUCUAGCUACAAUACAGUGCGCUGAAAAAGAGCACAAACACUUUAUGCAUGUGAUUUGCUUGAAAGCUUUGCUUCCUUGGAAACGAUGAGGUUCACUUGUAUCGUUUGUCAAGGUGGCUUUGUGCAGCUUGCCUCUUUGCAGUGUAUUUCAAUUCAUUGUGGUUGUCAAAUUUUAGUACAAUUUAUAUAAUAUUGCAGCAAAGGAAAUGGUUUAAAUUUCUUUCAACACUUCUGUCAAAAAAUGGCUAUGGCACUUAGUAUACAAUAAAGAGUAAUGCUGUACAUUUGUCUUAAUACGUAAUUGUGGACAAGACACCCUGCACUUUCAAGCAUCCUAAUAAAAUUGCCUUUAUUACAUUAUUACUUAAUUGACUCUAAACAAAUGAGAUAUGAAUUUUCUCACUGAGUAUCCUGCCUUACCAUUAAGUGUUCCCAUAAAUCAAAAGAGAUUUUUAAGACUUUAGUUCUUUUUAUAAAGACUUUUCUUUUAUUUGACCAUGACAUUCUCACACAGUUUGUACAUCUGUUUUAUAAUGUAAGAGCAUUCAUCUUCAAAGAAACCUUAUCUAAUAUUUUGUAUUUAUUAGAGAUUAAACUUCUCUAGGUGCAGGAUAAUAAUCUCCUAACUAGUAGAUCACCCAUGGUCAAGCACAGACACAUUCUGAUUAUGACAGUUCAAAUUACUGGGCUGCAUGAAAGAACAUUCUGAAAGUCAAUCCACUAAAAUUUCUAAAAUCUCUUACAUGUUCUCUGACCAUGAAAUUAUUUUUGGUUACAUAGUGAACUAGCUGUUUAUACUAAGAAGUAUCCCAUAUGCCAAGUUUUUCUGGAAUGGGGAGAGCGCAGUUUGAAAAGUAAGAUGUACUGAAGCCAGGUGUCCUUCAGGAUGCAGUGGGAGGACUCAAGAACUGAGGAAGACUGUGAAGAAACACACUGUGCUUUUAUCAGAAAGUUGUCUCUAGAGCUGCAGUAGAUGGCAGUCUGCUUUCAUGAAGGCAGUUAUCAUAGACACAGGACAUAUUUUAAAAUCUCUGCAUUGACUUUGUCCUGGGCUGGAGAAACAUUAGUUGUGCUUGUGUACUGAAAUGGAGAAAAGGGCUGUUUGUGUGUGGUUAUUAAUAGCUGUCAAGCAGCAGACUUGCAGAAAUAGCCUAAACCCAAAUCCACUCACCAUCCCUUUUUUGUGGCAAUAGGUGAUACUGAUAAAAUACAGCUGACAUUGCUUUUCUCUGCAGGAAGAUUAAUAAAACUUUG